UCACAAAACUUGAAAAUUUUUAAAAAUUUUCCCCUCUAUUUGCGUCGCAUUCGUAUAAUUAAUGCGCGGAGUGAUUUUUGUUCGGACGUUAAUACAAUUAUUUAUGUCUUCGAAAAAUUUAUACACGAUUACACAAAGUUAACCUGUCAGGCACGGUAUUUCAGGAUGGUGAAGAUUAUGAAAACAGGAAAAGUCGUAUUGGUCCUGAGCGGCCGAUACGCGGGUAGAAAAGCACUUGUAUUGCGCAAUUACGACGACGGUACCACGGAAAAACCAUACGGACACGCCAUGGUCGCUGGCAUUGAUCGCUAUCCCCGGAAAGUUCACAAAAGAAUGGGAAAAGCGAAGUUGCACAAGCGUUCCAAGAUUAAACCGUUUAUCAAGAUUUUAAAUUACAAUCACUUAAUGCCAACAAGAUAUACGGUAGAUUUACAAUUAGAGAAAGUAGCUCCUAAAGACCUUAAGGACCCAAUGAAACGCAAGAAGUUUCGUUUUCAGACGCGCGUUAAAUUUGAGGAGAGAUAUAAAAAUGGUAAAAACAAGUGGUUUUUCCAAAAGUUAAGAUUCUAAUUGCUUUUAAAUAAAGGACCAAUAUAAAAGAUAAAA